AUGAAUACGCCAUUAAAUUCAUUUAUUUCAAUUCUUUUAUUGUUCUCUUUAUUCACAUUGUUCAAUGAAGUAACAGCUGUACCUUUUGAUACAGGGUUAGGGCCCGAAAUUUUUUGUGAUGGAUUUCAAUUCAUUUCUCCUGAUUCUGUUCAUCUUACUCAAUUUAAGAAUAAUAACGAGUUUGAAGUAGUUUUGACAAAAGGAGACACGUUCAUGAGUGAAGUAAAAGGCCUUGACUUGGUUACUUUUGGUACUGAAAAAUUUGUUAAAAAAUUAUGGAGAGGUAAUAAAGAAUUCGGUGCUGAUGGGAAGGUUUCGUUAAAAGUAAAAGUUGAAGUCCCUAAGCAAUUUGAAUCAAAAUUACCUACUGAAUUUAUGUUUAGAAGUUGGGGCCCAGUUGAAAAAGCCACUUGUACUAGCACUAGUGCAUAUGUUACUAUCUAUAAAUAG